CAAGCCCGCCCCAAACCGUUUGUGACUUCCGGCUACAGCUCCGAUCUAACAUGGCUCCGAUAUGUAUCUGACAGGACAACAGUCAGGAUAGUCUUUAAGCAGCCCAAUGUUCAAGAAGCAAGUUCCCUCAGACUGUCUCUUCAACGUCGAAUGGAAUGCAAACGUCGACACGCACCACAGAGCUAUGUGAAUGAUUACUCACUCCCAUGACCUCUGUGAAGGCAUAAGGGACGCUCAGGAAGACCAAUUGAAUCCCCCCCGUGCAGAUAAAGAUGUCGGGUGUCAACUUCAUGAACAAAGUGCGCUCCGUCUUCAGGAAGGAGCGCAGCGACUGGAACCUCAGUGACACCGCGCCGUUAGACUUUCCGGACGAUCUGGACGAGGAUGACAGGCCUAAGUUCAACCAACUUAAGGUUGUUGUCGCGGGAGACAUGUCGGAAUACUCACCGGGGGCCAUGUCAAACGGCCUGUCGGUAAACACUCUGGUGGCAGAUGACGAUGACUCCCUCUUAGGGUCUUCGUCGAGCCUCGGCAGUCCGGGGUUGAACAUGGACCCAUGUGACAACUGCAACCAGAAGAGGGAGAGAAUCAAACGGAGGAGAGUGAUGAAGAAACUAGGCAUGGCAGCUGUGCUGUAUUUGCUCUUCAUGAUAGGAGAAUUUGUGGGUGGAUAUGUGGCCAACAGCUUAGCCAUAAUGACGGAUGCAGUGCACAUGCUGGCCGACCUGAUAGGCAUCCUGGUGUCCUUGCUGGCCCUGUGGCUGUCAGCCAGGCCCCCGACGGCCAGGUUCACGUUUGGCCUUCAUCGUCUGGAGGUGGUGUCGGCGGGCGUCAGCGUGCUGCUGAUCUACAUCCUGACUGGGGCGCUGCUGUACGAGGCCGUGCAGAGGACCAUGCUGCCCGACUUCAACAUAGACGGAGACGUCAUGCUCAUCACAGCAGCGGUGGGGGUCGCUGUCAACCUCAUCAUGGGCUUCUUACUGAACCAGAACGGGCACCUCCACGGCCACGGCCACGGCCACGGCCACGGCCACGGCCACUCCCACGGCCCUGUGGCCCCCCCGGCCGGCCAUCCCUCGGGGCCCGGGGCCCAGCCCAAACCCCACGGCAGCCUGGCGGUCCGGGCUGCCUUCAUCCACGCCCUGGGCGACCUGGUGCAGAGCGUGGGCGUGCUCAUCGCUGCCUACAUCGUCCGCUUCAAGCCAGAGUAUAAAUUGGCCGACCCGAUCUGUACCUACAUCUUUUCUGUCCUGGUCCUCUUCACAACUAUCCGCAUCAUACGAGACACCGGCCUCAUUGUACUGGAAGCGGCUCCGCGGCACCUGGACGUCCAGCGCAUCAGGGAGGACCUGCUGAAGCUGGAGGACGUGCAGUCUGUGGACGAGCUCAACGUCUGGGCGCUGACGUCGGACAAGACCGCCGCCCUGGUGCACCUCCAGCUCCUGGCCUCCAGUGCCAGUAGGUGGGAGGACGUGCAGGCCAAGGCCCGUCACCUGAUGCUCCACACCUACAGUGUCUCCAGGUGCACAGUGCAGGUGCAGACGCACAGACAGAGGAUGGCCCACACCUGCACACACUGCCACUCGUCCAGUGCCUGAACACACACACACACACACACACACACACACACACACACACACACACACACACACACACACACACACACACACACACACACACACACACACACACACACACACACACACACACACUCUUGUAGAUAAUAUAUACAUUAAACAAUACAUAUCAUGCAGCAGCAAGGCAGAAACGACACAACAAAUGGCCAUGACUCUGGUACAUGACUGUCACAAGAUGUCAGGUAGUCAGAAACUACAACUAAAUGUGCCAAAGCCGAGUCAGGUGGAUAUGCAGCCCUCAGAUUAGUGUUUGCAUUCAGCGUAUGGGCGGGGCCACCCAGAGGACAGGGUUGUGGUUCUGCGAUGCAGCUGCAGGGGGCGCUAUAGAUCACCAGUAAAGCCUCGGUCAUUUGUGAAGGGCUUUGAUAGCCAUUUUCCUUUUGUACGCAACGGUUUGAUUCUCAGCAACUGAUGUCACUGAUAGGUCAUCAGCUUUUUACAGUUCAACUCAGCCUGGAGGGGUGGUUGGUAUGUUUUGAAUUUUUAAAGUUUAAUCUCACUAAGCAUGAUUCACAAGUAAUAUCUCGUAUUCCACACUAAUUACAGACUGACAACACUAAUUUUACUCUUUUUAUUUUCCAGUUGUGUCAACAGCCAUGACUAACGGCACAAUAUCUAAUAUUGUGAAAUUACUUCCAGCCUUUUGUUAAUGCAAGCUUUGCCACAAUAUCAAACUGACCCAUGUUAUCCCAUAACUCCGUUUGGCAGUGUAGAACAGGCAGCUCUGAGUGACAAUCAAAGAGUGGCACACUUUGAAUCUGGGUUCCGGUCGCUCUGCACAUGGAUUUGAGCAUUAAUGUCAUGCACUUUGUACGGUAUAUCAUAAGACCAGGUGGGUUAUACUGCACUGCAGUAUUUUCAUGGGGGAUAGUAUACCCGAGCCCUUUAAGGGGCCCUUGAUUCAGCCUCAUUGCUCUUGUGUUAACCAGGGUCAAACAGCACUGGGUUUUUAAUAUGUGAUAAUUGCCAAGUUUUUAUCAAUGCUGGAACAUCUGUUAAAGGAGGUUUUUAAUGUUUUUAGGUCGCAUGCUCUUUUACAACCUCUUCGGGUGGUUGCUUCUUCGCACAAAUGAUCUUAUUUUUUUGCACAUUCCAUGUGUUAUUUUUAACCCAUUUAAAUGGUACGGUUACAUUUGCUUCUUGUAAAAGCCAAUUGAUUUUGCCUCAUGAUUUUUUUUAUUCUCUAUAUUACCCAUGAACCCUCUAACGUAAAUAAAUGAUUGUAAAUGACACAAACACUCAUGGUUGAUGUUUCUUCAUUCCAUACACUAGAGGGAGCAGUAUUACUGAGAUUCAAACAUGCAUACAAAAAGACUUCACUAUUGCACUAAAUGCAAGACAAUGACAUCCUUUUUUAUGUGAUCUCUUUGAAGCUUUGCAAGGGGGACCAUUGUAAAUGGUCUACUUCAGGA